GUUGUUUGCAAAAUGUUUACAUUUUGAUCCAUUUAUAAAUUUUGUUAAUUUUUGUACGAUAAAUUAAAAGCCACAGGCUACCUAAGCCUGUCGGUUAGCAGUGAAAUAUCCAACAAUGUCGAUCAUAGGCUCGCCGUAUUCGAACGCCUACAACCAAGAUUACGAAUUCGACGACGAUAAAUACGAUAACGAGGACGAUAGGGAGCACGAUGAGACUCAGGAGGAAACCGACGAAGAUACGGAAGAUGCCAGCGAAACGGACACAGGAAGGCAAGAAGAGCCAUUGGAAAUCAAAGAGCAAAUGUACCAAGACAAGCUAUCUAAUUUGAAGAAGAAACUCCAACAGCUCAAAGACGGCACGCAUCACGAGUACAACAAGAAAGUGAGGAAACUGGAGUACCAGUACAAGGAGAGGUUGCGAUUGAACGCUUUGUACAGGGACUACAUGAUCGAUUGCGUAGAAAAGGAAUUUUUGCAAGAGAAGAAAGCGGCCGUUCGCGAAUUCGAAGAGAAGAAAAUCGACUUGAAAGAGAACAUGAUAUCCGAUUUGGAGGAUAAAAAGAGAACAGUGGAAGCCGAACGAUAUUCGAUAGAAUUAACCGGCGACUCUUUAGAGGUGAAACCUGUGAUGACGAGGAAGCUUCGUAGGAGGCCCAACGAUCCGUUGCCCAUGCCGGAGAAACGCAGGAAACCGCCCACGGCUCAGAUAACUUAUUUAUUAGAAGACAAAGAUGUCGAGCACGAUUUGAGAUUGAUAAAUAAAGGAAAACUGCCGACGCCGAUUAGAAAGCAAAGCGAAAAUUCGGGUUCAUCUUCUAGUCCGGGUCACAUUCAGAAUAUUCCGAUUCAGCAAAAUAAUGAUGUUUCUUUAAUAGAAACUAGAAUCGAAGAUGGAAAAUUGCUGUACGAAAAGAGGUGGUACCAUCGAGGCCAGUCAAUUUUCGUAGAAGGUCGGGACAUGCCGAAGUUCCCAGCGAAUAUUUCUGCCAUCGGUAACGAUGCCAUUUGGGUUAAAAAAUCCGACGGCGCGAAAGUCAGAAUUUACACUUCGUACCUCGCCCGGGGCAAAAUUUCUAUCAAAAGAAGAGCAUCUUAGAUAUAUUUCGCAUUCACCAUGUACAUUUACGAUUCCAUUUGCAACCUCCAAAUUAUUUUAUAAGACAUAAAACAACUUGUAUUUAGUAUCUAAGAUAAACUAUUUUGUAAUAAGUUACAAAACGACUUGUUUAAAUUUACAUUACAAUUCUCCAGGAGAGUUGGUUUCGAUAUAAGAGUAGGC